AUGAUGCGAAACUCCCGGGUCGCGCAAGCAUCUAGAUCGCGAAUUCUCAAUUCGACCUCGAGGCGAUUCAACCAUGGCCAUGAAAUCCUUGGUGUCAAUUACCACAAGCAAAUCGCAAAUCUUGAGGUUUUGAAACAGCAGUCUCAGCGACCGUUGACUUUGACCGAGAAACUCCUCUAUAGUCAUAUCGUCACCGGUGACAAGGAGUGGAACCUACAGAAGAUUGAGCGCGGGAAAACAAUUUUGGGUCUACAACCUGACAGAGUUGCCUGCCAUGAUGCUACCGCGACAAUGGCUCUCUUGCAAUUUAUCAGUGCAGGUCUCCCUCGAGUCAUGAUCCCGACGACAGUGCACAGUGACCAUUUGAUCAUUUCGGAAAAGGGUGCCGCUGAAGACCUGCAGCGUGCCACAUCUGAGCAUGCGGAGGUGUAUGACUUCUUGAGUAGUGCUUGUAAGAAAUAUGGUAUCGGGUUUUGGAAACCUGGGUCCGGAAUCAUUCACACUGUGAUCUUUGAAAACUAUGCAGUCCCUGGCGGUCUGAUCAUUGGAACUGAUUCUCAUACCCCAAACGCGGGUGGCCUAGGCAUGCUUGGUAUUGGAGUUGGCGGCUCCGACGCCGUGGACGCCAUGUCUGGGAUGCCAUGGGAGUUGGUUGCUCCAAAGGUGAUUGGUGUUCGCCUGACGGGCCAGCUCAGUGGUUGGGCAUCAGGGAAAGACAUCAUUUGCAAACUGGCUGGUAUUCUCUCUGUAUCUGGUGGCAAGGGCUCGGUGAUAGAGUUCUUUGGCCCUGGUACCGAGACCUUGGGUGCAACUGCCAUGGCUACUAUUUGCAAUAUGUCUGCCGAAGUUGGCUCAACAUCGUGUGUUUUCCCAUAUUCGGAAGCCAUGCGACGUUAUCUUGAUGCAACGAACCGCGAGUAUGUGUCGGAGGCAGCUCUCAAGGUGAAGAAGACCAUAUUGACAGCCGACGAGGGCUCGGAUAACUAUUAUAACCAAGUUAUUGAGAUAGAUCUCGAUACACUUGAACCGCACAUCAACGGACCGUUCACGCCAGACCUGGCGCACCCCAUCUCACGACUGAAGGCUGCCGUCACCGAGAAAGACUGGCCAACAGCCCUGAGCCAUGCCAUGGUGGGAAGCUGCACCAACAGCUCCUAUGAAGAUCUUGACAAGACCAGGCAGGUAGUUGCUCAGGCGAAAAGUGCAGGAAUGGAAAGGUUCAAGGUCCCCUUCCUCUUGACACCUGGAAGUGAACAGAUUCGCGCGACUGCUGAGGCAGACGGGAUCCUAUAUGAACUGCGGGAGGCCGGAGCUGUGGUGUUAAGCAGUUCAUGUGGUCCCUGUGUUGGAUCGUGGGACCGCAAAGAUGUAGAUGUAAAAGGGAAAGAGAAGAACUCAGUUGUCUCAAGCUUCAACCGCAACUUCAUUGGCCGCCAUGAUAGCAAUCCUGCCACUCAUUCCUUUGUCACUUCCCCAGAGAUGGUGACCGCCUUCGCUUAUUCUGGACGCCUGGACUUCAACCCUUUAAUUGACAGCAUCGCUGUUGGUGAUUCAUCUUUCCAGUUCACACCCCCCACAGAUUGCGAACUCCCUCCGCAUUUCGAGACCGGGGAGGAUACCUUCCAAGCGCCACCUUCCGACGCGUCCGGUUUAUCUAUUGCAUUGGACCCCAAAUCAGAUCGCUUGCAGCUCCUGACACCCUUCCAAGCAUGGCAGCCACAGUGCGCCAAUGGGAUGGAGCUAUUGAUCAAGGUAGCUGGCAAAUGUACCACCGACCACAUCUCCCCUGCCGGUCCAUGGUACAAGUAUCGAGGCCACCUCGAGAACAUCAGCAACAACAUGCUCACUACCGCAACGAAUGCAUUCCUACCCGACACACCUCAAACCUUGGGCCACACGAGGAAUCCACUGACUGGUCAAGUUCAAGUAGUCCCGGAGGUGGCACGAGAACUGCAGCGUCUUGGUAUUCGCUGGUGCAUUAUCGGUGACCAUAACUAUGGGGAAGGUAGCUCGCGCGAACAUGCCGCUCUAGAACCACGAUUCUUGGGUGGUGUCGCGAUUAUUGCCCGGUCUUUUGCUCGCAUUCAUGAGACAAAUCUGAAGAAGCAGGGCAUGUUGCCUUUGACUUUUGAUAACCCUACUGAUUACAAUCUGGUUGCGGAAGGUGAUCGCAUCACACUGCUUGGAGUUGAGGAGGGAGAGUUCCAGCCUGGAAAACAGGUUGUUAUGAGAGUUCAACCUCGCCAUGGUCAGGCUUGGGAGGCUCAGUUGAACCACAGUUAUCACCCAGGGCAGAUUUCUUGGCUCCGUGCUGGAAGUGCGUUGAAUCACAUCAGGGCCACUAUGCUCCAGAAAUGA